CUCAUCUGUCUGUCAUUCCUUCCCACACGUAAACAUCCCACCCAAUAAACAGGCUCGGAGAACCUGCCCUGGGGCAGUGCGUCCGGCUGGCAACACACACACACUCACUCAAGCUGACAGCUCGAGCCUUGGGCCAGCGGGCGCCCUGGCCUGUGGCCACCAGACCUUCCUCUGGGAAGGGGGUCCAGCCUCACAGCCCGGGCCGGCCUGGAGCGAGCGUCCCCGGGUGGGGUGGGGAGGAGGGCGGGGCUUGAGCCCCGGAGUGGCUGUCCCGGGCCGGGGACGGAAGUUGCAGCCCUUCACGGCUACUUUCAGUUUUGUUUCCCUUGCAGGCAGGUAGUCGGCUGCCGGCCGUGGCGGGAUUUCGGGGCUCCCCGGGCCCUGCUGCGGGAGUCCAAGUUCAGCAGUGGCUGGAUUGUUCCAUCUCUGAGGCCUGGGGCCUUCCUCGUCUCAUUUUUUCCCACAGGAUCGGCGCUACCCACAGCUUUUGCAUGUUUACAUUUGGUUGAGUGUAAAGAGGACAAAGUGGAAGAAAGACCUCCUUCCCCGAGUAUCCAGUGUCUCCCAGAAGUCAGAACUUCCCAACCUUCCAGUAUGGUCUCCAAAGUCUCCUCCCCUACUCUGCUGGAGGCUCUGAGCAGCGAUUUCCUAGCCUGUAAAAUCUGCCUGGAGCAGUUACACAUGCCCAAGACACUGCCAUGCCUACAUACCUAUUGCCAGGACUGUCUGGCUCAGCUGGACGUCGGUGGCCAGGUCCGCUGCCCCGAGUGUCGGGAGAUCGUGCCUGUUCCUCCCGAGGGUGUGGCCGCCUUCAAGACCAACUUCUUCGUCAAUGGGCUUUUGGACCUCGUCAAGGCCAGGGCUCCCGGAGACACGCAUUCGGGGAAGCCCACCUGCGCGCUGUGCCCUCUGGUGGGAGGCAAGAGCUCUGGAGGACCCGCCACGGCCCGGUGCCUGGACUGCGCGGACGACCUGUGCCAGGCCUGUGCCGACGGCCAUCGCUGCUCCCGCCAGACCCAUAAGCACCGAGUCGUUGACUUGGUGGGUUACAGAGCCGGGUGGUAUGACGAAGAGGCCCGCGAGCGCCAGGCAUCCCAGUGCCCCCAGCACCCGGGGGAAACGCUCCUCUUCCUUUGCCAGCCGUGUUCUCAGCUCCUCUGCAAGGACUGCCGUCUGGGGCCGCAUCUGGAUCACCCCUGCUUGCCCCUGGCGGAGGCGGUGCGUUCCCGGAAGCCGGGCCUCGAGGAGCUGUUGGCUGGUGUGGACAGCAAUCUGACGGAGCUCGAGGCCACCCGGGUGGCAGAAAAGGAAGCCUUAGCCCAGCUGCGAGAGCAGGCCGCCAGCGUGGGGACGCAGGUGGAGGAGGCGGCCGAGCGAAUCCUCAAGGCCCUGCUGGCCCAGAAGCAGGAAGUGUUGGGGCAGCUCCGGGCCCACGUGGAGGCUGCGGAGGAGGCUACCAGGGAGAGGCUGACCAAGAUCGAGGGCCAGGAGCAAGUGGCCAAGGCGGCGGCUGCCUUUGCCCGCCGAGUGCUCAGCCUGGGUCUGGAGGCGGAGAUCCUUUCGCUGGAGGAAGCCAUCACGCAGCGCCUGCGCCAGCUUCAAGACUGUCCCUGGACCCCCGGGCCUACCCGCUGUCUGCUGCCCAAGCUGGACCUCCAUCCUGGGCUCCAGGACAAGAACUGCCACCUGCUUCGACUCUCCUUUGAGGAGCCGGAACAAUCCCAGAAGUUCAAUGCGAAGGGUGGAGCCGGGACCCAAGGAGGAGAUGAGGCGCCCAGCCAAGGCGAGGAGAGAGCCAAGGCGGGGAAGCAGGGUGACACCCAGCCCCCGAGUAAGGAUGGAGCCUCGACUCCCAAAGAAGGCAAAGCCCAGAGCUCCCAAGAGGAUGAUGAGGUCCAAAUGGAAAGGGGUAACAGAUCUAACAAGAAGAAGAAGGGCAAAGGACGGGGCAAGCCCGUUUCUCGGGAGCCCAGCCCCAUCCUGAGGCCAAACCUCGAAGGUUCAAGCCUCCUCCCUCGGCCUGUUUUCUCCUGGAGUUUCCCCACGAGGAUGCCCGGAGACAAACGUUCCCCACGCAUCACCGGGCUCUGCCCCUACGGCCCCCAGGAGAUCCUGGUGGCGGAUGAGCAGAACCGGGUCUUGAAACGCUUCUCCCUCAAUGGUGACUACAAGGGCACAGUGCCGGUUCCCGACAGCAGCUCCCCGUGCAGCGUGGCUGCCCUGCAGAACGCAGUGGCUUUCUCCGCCAAUGCGAGGCUCUACCUCGUCAGUCCCGAGGGGGACGUUCAAUGGCGAAGAUCCCUGAGCCUCACCCAGUCCAGCCACGCCGUGGCCGCGAUGCCCUGUGGAGACCGGGUCGCGGUCAGCGUGGCAGGCCACGUGGAGGUGUACAAGAAGGACGGCAGCCUGGCCACCCGGUUCAUCCCCGGAGGCAAGGCUAGCCGGGGCCAGCGGGCACUGGUGUUCCUGACCACCAGCCCCCAGGGCAAUUUUGUAGGGUCCGAUUGGCAGCAAAACAGCGUGGUUUUCUGCGAUGGGCUGGGCCAGGUGAUAUGGGAAUACAAGGGCCCUGGUUUACAUGGCUGCCAGCCAGGUUCUGUGUCUGUGGAUAAGAAAGGCUACAUAUUUCUGACCCUUCGGGAGGUCAACAAGGUGGUCAUCCUGGACCCCAAGGGGUCACUUCUUGGUGACUUCCUAACAGCGUAUCAUGGCCUGGAGAAGCCCCGGGUAACCACUAUGGUAGACGGCAAGUAUCUGGUGGUGUCCCUGAGUAACGGGACUAUCCAUGUGUUUAGGGUCAGGUUCCCCGACAGUUAAGGGGGCUCGGGGCUGGGAUGGGGGGUGGGGCAGGCGGGAAGGGAGGGAGAUGACGUAGCCGAGGGCAUUUUCCCAGCUGGCAAAAUGCUUGCAACUUCUGUGAUUGAGGUAUAGGGAUAGAAGAUUCCAGGAGCGGUAGCGGUGAUGUGGCCGUAAUCUCAGGGGCACACGGCCGGUGCCAGAAGUCAACCAAACCGCUUGCUUUUUUUCACUGAUGCCCGCAGCUGCGGCGGCUGCUGUGUAGUUUAGGUGUCUUGAGAUUUAUAAGUGAUUCUUGAUUUGUCGUCUUCAAAACCAUUCCUGAGAUGGGGGUCAUGACUCUGUAGAGAGAGCACUUGCCUAGAACUCACAAAUGAGGGUCUGGGGAGUGGGGCUCAAUAGUAGAGCGCCUGCCUGGAUUCUACCAAUGAGGAGUCGGGGGCGUGGUUCAGGGCUGGAGCCCCUGCCCAGAAUCCCCACCGAGGGCCUGGGGGCGUGGUAGAGGGCUUGUCUAGCCUGCAGGAAGUCCUGAGGUCAAUUCCUAGAUGUACCCUCCCUCUUCCUU